AUGACAGCUGGACCACCCACAGCCACCAUGACAGCUGGACCACCCACAGCCACCAUGACUGCUGGACCAGCCACUGCCACCAUGACAACCAGAAUCCCCACAGCCACCAUGACUGCUGGACCACCCACAGCCACCAUGACAGCUGGACCACCCACAGCCACCAUGACAGCUGGACCACCCACAGCCACCAUGACUGCUGGACCACCCUCAGCCACAAUGACAGCUGGACCACCCACAGCCACCAUGACUGCUGGAGCCCACAUAGCCACCAUGACAGCUGGACCACCCACAGCCACCAUGACAGCUGGACCACCCACAGCCACCAUGACAGCUGGACCACCCACAGCCACCAUGACAACCAGAAUCCCCACAGGCACCAUGACGAGCAGAGCCCACAUAGCCACCAUGACUGCUGGACCACCCACAGCUACUAUGACUGCUGGACCACCCACAGCCACCAUGACUGCUGGACCACCCACAGCCACCAUGACAACCAGAAUCCCCACAGGCACCAUGACGAGCAGAGCCCCUGCAGCCGCCAUGACCGUCGGACCACUCACAGCUGCAGUUACUGCUGGACCACCCACAGCCACCUUAACUCUCGGAUUACUGGCUUCUGAAUCAGGUGAUAUCUGUUUACCAGCAGGCUGGAAACAAACCCUCCCUAAAGCAGACCACCUCUGGGUUUCCAAGGCCCUGUUUCGUUUCAGUCCAGGAGGAAGAGUUGAGUUUGACCUAGACAAAAUAGAUAGACUGCAACUGGACUUAUCUUGCCGCCAAGACAUGAAGAGCCACCCACCCUGGCUCCUGUACCUCAGUAUCGCUGGCUGA